AUGCCGGAGCGGUGGUCACCGGCCGCCUUGAUCUAUCUUUUACUUACUUGUCGCCUUGUCGGUUUGGUCUUGCAGAAGGCGGCGAGGAGGCGUCAGGUGCCGGCGUUCGGGGAGUGGAACUACUACUACCACUACGACCAGCCGGAGACGGUAGCGCCGCCCGCCCUGGCGUAUUGCUACGGCGCCACCCCCGAGCCGGAGGCCUGCAGCGACGUCUGGUUCAGGUACUCGCCUCCCCCGCGCAAACCCACGCCCGCCAAGAAGCCUAGGAGGAGGGUGCCGGAAGGCGACAGUGAUACGUCGCUGGAGAAGAAGGGGAGAAGGAGCGGGAGACCGGCGCCGGCGUCGGCGUCGGAAGCUGCCGGCUGCGGCCUGGCGCGCACGACAAGGCUGGUGCGGCCGGUCGACGAGGACCUGUACCAGGUGCCGCCGCCGGAGCUCGCUUCCCACAGGCGCCGCUCCAGGAGGAGGAGCAUGUGGAUGGGCUGCCUGGGGUGCGUCGCCUGA